AUGGUUUAUUAUAUUGGAAGAUCAAGGAAAUUUCGCGGUUUCAUGCCACUCUACUCAGAGCAGCCCACUGACACGGAUCUCGGGUCCGCCCCCAAGCCAAACCCUACCUCACCGGGCGCCUUUUCCGAAUCCUUCGAUAUUGGUUAUGAAGUGGCAGCCGACCCUCUGAAGAGUCAACAUGAUGCCCUUCCUCCAGACACGUAUGAUCUGUAUGGGGAUAACCAGUGGCCUGAGGAGGAUGUCCUUCCUGGGUUCCGCGAAGUCUAUCUUCGAUACUUUGCUGAGGCGAUGACCUUAUCUCGGGCGCUGAUACGAAUCUUUGCGCUAGCACUGGAUUUACCCGAAGACUUCUUCGACCCGAUGGUCAAGAACCCCGGGGCUACAUCGAGGAUGUUGCAUUAUCCACCGCAACCGGUUGCGGGCGAGGUGAAAGUCGGACUUGGAGAACACACGGACUAUGAAUGUUUCACUAUACUCUCACAAGAUCGAGUCCCGGCUUUGCAGGUUCUCAAUGCUCGACAGGAAUGGAUCCUGGCGCCGCCCAUUCCUGGCACCUUAGUAGUGAACAUCUCGGACUGCCUGUCCAUCUGGACCAAUAAAAAGUUUAAAUCGACCAUCCAUCGCGUCACCAACCUGACCGGACAGGAGCGAUAUACCAUCCCCUUCUUCUUUGGUGUGGACUAUGACACCACUGUGGCGGUGCUGCCGAGCUGCAUUACCGAGGAUAGUCCUGCGUGCAAGAAGCCGUUCAAAGCGGGGGAGUGGGUGCGCCACCAAUUGACUACGGCCUAUGUUGGAUACGAGCCAGAGCCGCCGACCCAAGGGAACUAA